AUGGAGAACUUCCUGGUGCCUCGGAGCGAGCUGGUGCUGCAGCAGGGCCGGGCCCAGCUGCUGCUGGGGAAGGCGGGCGGUCACGCCCGCAGGAAGAGGGAGUUCAUGCCGGACCACAAGAAGGACACCAUGUACUGGGAGAAGAGGCGCAAGAACAACGAGGCCGCCAAGCGCUCGCGGGAGAAGCGGCGCCUCAACGACGUGGCCAUGGAGAGCCAGCUGGCAGCGCUGAGCCGCGAGAACGCCGUGCUCAGGACCGAGCUGCUCUCCCUCAAGCUGCGCUUUGGGCUCCUCAGCCCCGAGCCCAGCCCCUACCAGGGUCACCCCCUCGGGCUCUACCUCAGGGGGCACCGAGCAGCCUCACCCCUGCUGGCCAUGGAGCCCUUUGUUGGUGACUCCUGCUGCCCUGCACAGAAGAGUUUUGUGCCCAAGGUGCUGGAACUGGCUGAGUUUCCUUGCAAAACCUUCAACCCCUCCACAAACAUCCUCAGCUGCAACUCCAAACCCAUUCCCAUGGACACACCUGGCCUCCAGCAACCCAAAAGGUUUGAGGAAUCUUUCAGCCCUAAACGGUUUGAGGAAUCUUUCAGCCCCAAAAGGUUUGAUGCAUCCUUCAGCCCCAAAAGGUUCGAUGCAUCCUUCAGCCCCACGGUUUGCUCCCCAUUCCUCAGCUACCCCUGCCCAGACAAACACCCCUUCCCCUGCCCUUGGCUGGGCAGUGCCUGCUUCUUGUGCCCAUCCCCUGGCAGCACCGAGGCCAGGAAGGAGAGCAGCACCGCAGUGUCGGAUGAAGAUGAUGAGCAACAAGUACCCAAAACUUCUCCUCCUGUGCCCUCCUGCAGCCUGCCCUGCCCCUCAGAAGAGCAGCUGAAGGGCCGGAGCUUUGCUGCCCUCCCACACAAGCUCCGAAUUAAGAGCAAAGCCCUGGGCAGAAUUCCUCCCUGGGAGGGU